AUGGACCAAGCACAAGUUAUGCACGUUGUGUCCAAGGCUGACAAUACAGUACAUGCCACCGUUGGGCUGAAGCCUACCGAUGAAGCCCUGGCCCCUUCGUCCAUUCGAGUUGCUACCUCUCUCAUUAGUCUGACGUCCAAUAACCUCAGCUAUGCUCGUGGGGGUGACUUUCUCCAUUGGUGGAGUACCUAUCCAGUACCGAGCACUGCUCCAGCACCUUACAAUGACUCCAAAGCAUGGGGUAUAGUUCCCGCGUGGGGAUAUGCAAGCGUCCUUGAGAGCACUUCUACAAUCACCCCUGGCACGGUCAUUUGGGGGUUCUGGCCAACUUCAAGCGGUCAUACCGAUCUUAAGAUUCAAUCUUCCUCGCCCGAAGGACAAUGGACUGAAGUCAGCAAGCAUCGAUCACAGCUCAUGACUAUCUACAAUCAAUACAGCGUGGUUCCUGACUUUCCAAGUACAUCUUCUCUAUCUGAGAAUGAGCUUCAGCAGACGGCCUGGGAGAUCCUCUUCCGUCCUACAUGGGGGAGUGGUCAUUUGAUCAGUCAACACGUCUUCACGCCUUCUCCAGAAACCCAGCCUCCCAUCCAUCCUCUAGGCAUUGGUGCAAGCUGGACUGCGUUAGAUGCGGAUCUCUCGAGCGUUGUUAUCGUUAGCCUGUCGGCGUCUGGCAAGACGGCAAGAUCUUGUGGAUGGCAUCUGUCUCAACGUCCGAAAGUUUCAGGCCCUCUAGGAAUCCUGCAAAUAACAUCGACUCCUAACAUUGGGACAGAAGGCCCUAUUGCAAAACGGACUAUUGCUUAUGGCGAUGUUUCCAGAGCUGAGACGUUAGAAUGGAUCGCUAGACUCAAACCUUCGAAGAUUGUUGUUCUGGAUUUUGGCGGCAGGGGCAAUUCACUGGACAAUUUGCUUGACUCCCUGAAAGGCAAUUCAGCAUUGGCAUCCUUGAAAGUUACUAUUGUGCAGAUUGGCAGCGAGCAAAAGGUUUACACAAAGGAGGAAGUUGUUGCGGGGCAGGAGAAUUUGGUUAAACUUGGCAAAAUUCAAUUCAACAGCUCAGAUGUUCGAGACGCAGUCAUCGCACUUAGCAGUCCAGAAGCUUUUGCUGAAAGUGUAAAGCCAGUUUGGGCGAAGUGGGUCAGCGAAAGCAGAAAGCUCAUACCAGACAUGCACAUUAAGGUGGGCAAGGGUAUUACGGGAAGUGGUGGCAUUGAAGGUGGUUGGGAGAGACUUUGCAAAGGAUGUGUGGGUACGACUGAAGGCUUACUCUACAAGCUCUAA